AAAAUAUUAUUGUAUAAAUGAUUCAUCAAAGUCCCUCUCUGCAAAGAAUGUAAUUUCAUAGGAACAAACCUUUAAAAUACAGCACUAGUGCAGGAACUAUGAAGCUUCUUAUAGUAGUCGUUUCCUUCUGUAUCACAACAGCUAGAUCUCAAGGUGGCAACAAUGUUGGAAUGUAUAGUGUCUCGUUUGAUAAUCAGUAUCGCGCUGUUGAUCCUUUUGUAAAUAGAGCUGCUGAAAGAGCUGGUUCUACUGGUGGUUUUGAUGGUGGUUUUGCUGCUUCUGCGAAUGGCAUGGCUGCUGAUGGACCAGCUCCUAACACAGUCAUUGUUUCAGAUCAGAUGUUUGGAGAUCAAGCCUAUACACCAAGGGCAAAUAGUCCAGAUCCGAUGGCUCCAGUAGACCCAGAUCAGCCCGUAGAGGAUUAUAUAAAAGCAGAAGAGAGGGGUAACCCAAUGAACAAUAUGGCUAGAGGGGCGGCUGGUAUGGUUGGACCUGGUGCUUCUCGGUCGGUUGGUAAUAUGGGCAAUAUGGCUGGUGGUGGAGGCGGGGUAGGAUUAUCAGGCAAUAUGGCUGGUGGUCGAGGUGGGGUAGGAUUAUCAGGCAAUAUGGCUGGUGGUCAAGGUGGGGUAGGAUUAUCAGGAUCAGCUAAUAGGGUUGCACCUAACACAUCUCAAGUUGGACGAAUGGGCAACAUGGGUAAUAGAGGAACCAAUGGGAGAGUUGCACCCCAGCGCAGAUCUAAUAAUCGUCGUCAAGGCAGAAAUAAUAGGUCAAGAAAUGUGAUUUAUGAUAGAUAUAAUGGCGGGUCACGUCGCGAGAAAAAUAGAAAGCCAUAUAGCAAAAGAACGAAGUAUGAAAAAAAGCAACCAAAGGGUGGCUACUGAAAAUAACACAGUGAAAAAGUUGAUUCAUUGGAAAAAGACAGAAGCUCAUUAACUCUUUUUUAUUCUUUGAUAUCUUUAUUUAUUCGACUGAUGAAUGCAUCAAUUACGCUUUCAGUACAUACUUGUAAUUGGUCAAUUGUUUAUGUGCAAUGUAUUUCCAUCUUUAAAUUUUUUUAUCACACGUUUAAGAAAUUAAACUUGCAAAUCACCAAAUAAUCUAAUUCAAACAGAACAGUCAAGUCCUGCAAAUAUAACAUGUAUGCAAAUUAUUCAAAUUAUGCAAAUACUCAAUCCUCAAGGAAAAUAGGCAUGGAAAGUAAUAUAUCUUUGUAAUCCCGUUAACAUUUUAAAAAAACUUUAAAAGAAAUACAGAAUUAAAAAUUGAAAUAUUCAUGACACAUUUUCAAUAAAGGAAAGAAAAAUAAGAACGAGAUAAACCUAUAGAUUUUUUCUUAUUUCUUGAAAGUUCUACUCAGAUUU